AUGAGGGGGAAUCCACCCCCUCAGCAGCAAAACCAAGAAACCAUCAUACACUGGACGUCUGGACGCCCAGAGAAUAGACAAAAGGCACCAAAAGCUGUACACGCAGGAGUGGCAACGCAGGGUGGUCGACUUGUUAUUUUACCCCAUAGGAAGGGAACGACUUUUGAUUCACUUGGUAAUCAACAAACAUCAAGGAUGAAGGCAAUUUUGAUCCUUUGUUCUCUGUUUACAUGCGCUCGUGGAUUCAUUUACGAGUCCAAAACUUUCGAGGAUAUCAUUCCUCACUCCAUCGACACAUUCUCAAUUGAUGUUGCGCGUCUUGAGAGUUACCCCGUGAAGUGCGGAGAGCUUUACGGCACUCCUGUAACGGUAUUCACGCCCUCUAUUGAGAAUCCCAUCCUCUCGGUCAGCUACAACGACAAGAUCAUCUGGAAGAACCCAGGAGAUGAAUGCAUCAGCAUCACAAAGACCUCCUUCACUGAGCCUGUGCUCAUUAUCCUCAAGAUUAGGACCAUUGACAUGAUCAUAGAGACUCGUUUCUACACGAGCUUCGGCGAAGACUGGGUGAACAUUGACGAGGAGACCUUUGUGUCCUUCAUCCAGCAGACGGGAAUUCACCCACAUGUAAUGCUAGACAUCCGCAACAUCAACAAGAUCGCAUGCAACAUCUCUAGAACAAUCAUUGAGGGUUUGGAGGUUACCACUAUCGAGCCAAAGGACAAGUUCGAAAUCAUAGAGUUGCUCGAUGCCGGUACUCUCGUAUGGACUGGAUACCACAAGGAAAGGAAGAUCUUGCAGUGCUCAUUCGCUCCAGUCACAUUCCCCCUCUUCAUCUCUGUCAUUUCGGAGGAUUCCGAUGAGAAAGUAGCCAUGGACUACUUCGCCAAGGUCAGUAACUUCUGGGAGGUUAUCUCCGAGUCCGAGUACAAUGCCGGACUCAAGAGUUUGAACACAUCGUUAAUUGCCAUAGAUGGAGUUUUGGACAUCAACGACGCCCUCAGGAACGUGAGCAUUGGCCCAUUUGGCCACAUCACCCUGAGGUACAACUCAAAGGAGAUGUUGAUACGCAUCGUCGAUGGCGAAAUUCCCAUCUGGGACAACUCCCAUGAGAACUGCUUGGACUUGAUUUUGCACUGCAGAAGCAACGGCGCCAUGUUUAUCCAAAUGACCGUUGUGAACCACGAAGGUAGAAGGGCAAUGAACUUUUAUUACACUGGAGAUUAUGGAUGGCAGAGCGUUGACAGGGAGGGUUUCUAUAGGGCUUUGGAGGCGAAAAUCAUUACUUAUGCCUCGAUUGACGUCUGCAGUUCAUAUCCUCCAGAGGAGAUUGUUGAGACUAUUGAUGCUCACGAGUUUGGCUACCCAAACAUCAUUUACAACUCUCAACCAAACGUCCGCAUUACCUCUGUGUUUUGUGGAUCUAAACCCAUCUGGUCAUCCUUUGGAAACGACUACUGCGUAUCAGCCUCCAUUAUCGACAAGGAUGGUGAAAGUGCACUUUUGGAGCUCUUUAUAAAAAAUCAAGAUGUGACCAUUCGCAACUUCCACAUUAACAACGGACGUGACUGGAUACAUGUUUCGGAGAUUCCUUUCCUUUCAAAGUUGCGCUUGAUCAAACGCACAGGCUUCAUGGAGAAAUACAUCCCAACUGUGAGUGGAUUCAAGUUCCCAACUGCACUCAUAGUUUCAUUCACACUUGGUUUUUUAAUGUUGUAG